UGAUCAUUUCAGUGCCUGAUAUCCUCAUUGCUUUGGCGGUGCUCGUAAUUCUGUCAGCCAAUCCUUGCUUCUGAUCGUCCAAUACAUUCCAUCGACCCUCCAUGACACCUAUUCUCGUGCUGCGGACGCAUCACAAGAGAUAUCAGGUCGGUAUAACAUGGUUCCUCUGACCUUGUGGGCGCAGUCACACCAGAAUGAUGUCAUGAUACUUGUGACAAUAUGGAUGUUAACAUCGAUCCUUGGCAAGGCAUGCAGUGGGAUUAUUAUGCACGCUAUUCCAUCUGUCGAAUUUGCAAGGAACGCCCUUCAGCACUUUGCUUGGGAAUGGGGUCUCGAUGUCAAGCUUCAACGCCACGUAGAUAAAAUAAUGAUGUCCCUUAUUGAUGCCAGAAACGCCCUCCAACAUCUCGAAAAAGCCUCCUCCUUAUUACAGCACGUACCUUUCAAUUUCAGCAGUGCUGUCGGCCAGCGGAAUGGAUGGUUCUGAGAGAAAGUCAAUCGUACCGUCGACGAAGAAGCGCGCGCAUUGCUCUUCCUCUAGAUGUCUUUCCACAUGCUCGGCAAAAGUGGAUGACGAAGUUGAACCCCUUUCUAACAGGUAGGACUGGCAAAUCCUCGGUACCGGGAGGUUAUUUCCGCG